AUGUUUCGUUUGUCAAGUCUCACCACACUCAUCUUGGAUAAACGCUUCAUCCGAUCGGAACCACAAGAUGAAAACAAGACGGAAUAUUAUCUGAGAAAUGUGGUGGCUUCUAAUGAAUAUUUUAUAAAAUUAAAGGAAAAGAUGAUGAAACCGAAAAUAAGAAAGUUGAAAUCAUUCUCAAUGAAUUUUGAAUUAAUGCAUACACUAGGACAAGUGGGAAUGAAAGGAAGCAAGAAUGAUCAAUUUAAUCUUCCAACAGAUGUAAAGAUAUCAUAUAGUCAUAAUGUAAUUUUAGUAACGGAUAUGUUUAAUCAUAGGAUUCAAGUUUUUCAUGCAAAAACCAAACAAUUUAUGACGAGCAUUCAAUCACCAUCUUCAAAGCCAUUGUUUUUAUGUGUACAAGAGAAAUAUAAUGGAUCAGAUUUUGACGCUUUAUUAUUCGAUUGUACAGGAGAUAAAUGUGUUUACAAAUAUGAUUUACAUGGCCUGUUGCUGCAUUGCACAAAUGGCGAUAGCAAAUCGAGAAAUGGUCACCAAGAAUAUCCAUACAUUUGGAAAUCUGUCGAAUUUCUUUCUCCACAAGGAAUUGCAAUUUUCUACUCCAAAAAUCAAGUAUAUGUUUGUAACAAGCAUGAAAGCAUUUGUGUAUUAGAUGUGACAACAGGUAUUUUAAAGCAAAAAAUUAAGCUCGGUGUAGGCUUGAGUGGAAUUUUCUUUACCAAUGACGAGCAGUUGUUGUUGACGGAGUGGAUUUUCUUCAACACAAAGCAUGGAUUUUCAUUACAUUCAAAGAUUUCAAAACAAUCAUCUGUUGACCAAAAUGACGACACAGAACAAUGGGAAAAACUUAUGGAGAUUAAGCAGACUGGAAUUAUGAGUGGAGAGUUUUCAUAUCCUUCCACUAUUAUUUUCGACAAUGCAGCAAAACACAUCCUUCUGUCAGAUUUUGGCAAUAACAGAGUCCAAUGCUUUGACCUGGAUGGAAACUUUAUUUCUUCAUUUGGAGAAAUGGGAGUCUCUGCUUUUCAAUUGUACCAUCCAGAAGGCAUGUGCCUUAAUGAAGAAACUGGAGAAUUGAUGAUUGUGGAUCAGUACAAUCAUUGCGUGAAAAUUUUCAAAUAG